AUGAAGCUCAGUGGCAUAAUCGUAAAUAUUUUGAAGUGGGAUUUUUGGUUAAAAGACGGAAUUGCCCCCGUCUCUCACACACUCUCUCUCUCCCGCGCGUCCCUCUCUCUCUCCUCUGGUUCGCGACGCCACCGCAGCCGGCCACGUUUUGGCCGGCCGUUCAGUCAUCCGGCCACCACUCGGGUCGGGACCGGUCCCAAAAUGACCGGCCUGACUCCGCCGUCCUACCCCACCUGUUCUCCGACGUCAGCCGGCAGCGAUACCGCCGGAAAGUGCAGAAAAACGGCCGGUUUUUACCCAGAUUUUCCGGAGCUCGUUCCGGCGAUUCCGGCCACCAAAUCUUGCGAUCAAGGUAUGCGUAGGCAACUCGAUUUACGAAUUGGGUUUCGGCCGGAUUUCGGGAUGAGAUUCCGGCCACUUCCGGAAGCUUGGCCGGCGGUUUGGAGUUUUCCGGCCGCCGGAAAUUACUCAAGGCACCCACGCGCUGCCGGCGCGUGUGGCGGCGCGUGGGCUAGGAAAAUGGACCGGCUCGAGGUAUUACCAGGAUCGUGUAGGAUUCGACGGAUCGUAAAACGGAGUCCCGGAUACUCCGGAAAUGCCAACCCUGGGGUUAGGGUUUUAGUAACCGUCCGAUCGUGCGAUCGUGAGCGAUCCGACCGUCCGAUCUGGACCAAACUUGCAGGACGUGUGUCCUAG